AUGAUCACGAUAAACGGACAGGAAUACCACCUGCAGUUGGUAGAUACAGCGGGACAGGUAGAAGUGGACACCACAGGGAUUUAUUUAUCAACACUGAAAACAUCUUACAGACCUUGAGUAUAAUAUGUCCUUUAACUCAUGGUUAGGGGACCGGAGUGUUUCCUGUCAGAAAAAACUCCUGGCCCCUACUCAUGAUGUAGUUAUGAUAUUAGAAUUUUAGAACACAGGCUACGUUCCAUAUCCACACUAGAAUGCUCCAUACCUCUACUUAGCAUGCUUGCUCAGUACAUUGCUUUACUGUAAGGCUAAGUGGGAUACUAGUAUGGACAUUCAUUGGAACUGAGCCCACUAUGUUACAGUAUGCAGGCUACUUUAAAAAGAAAAGGAGAGUCUCACUCUAGCAGCUCAGAUGCAAUCAUUUAAUAACCCAAUAACCAACGUUUCCACAGACAAGCUGUCUUCAUCAGGGUAUGCAGGCUAAGCACUUAUUUCACCCAGGCUCUCUCCCACCUCUCUCCCUCCUGUCUCUCUCACACCUCUCUCUCUCCCGCCUCUCUCUCUUCCGCCUCUCUCUCUCUCUCUCUCUCCCUCCUCUCUCUCUCCCUCCUCUCUCUCUCCCUCCUCUCUCUCUCCCGCCUCUCUCUCUUCCGCCUCUCUCUCUCUCCCUCCUCUCUCUCUCUCCGCCUCUCUCUCUCUCUCCCGCCUCUCUCUCUCUCCGGCCUCCUCUCUCUCUCCCUCCUCUCUCUCUCCCGCCUCUCUCUCUUCCGCCUCUCUCUCUCUCCCUCCUCUCUCUCUCCCUCCUCUCUCUCUCCCCUCUCCCGCCUCUCUCUCUUCCGCCUCUCUCUCCUCCGCCUCUCUCUCCCUCUCUCCUCUCUCUCUCCCUCCUCUCUCUCUCUCCUUGUUUCUCUCUCUUCCGCCUCUCUCUCUCCCUCCUUCUCUCUCUCCCUCCUCUCUCUCCCGCCUCUUCUCUCUCUCCCGCCUCUCUCUCUCUCUACCUUUUUUUCACUCUCUAUCCCCCCCCCCCCCCCCCCCCACUCUCUCUCUGUCUGUUCCAGGAUGAAUACUCUAUCUUUCCUCAGACCUAUUCCAUAGAUAUCAAUGGUUACAUCCUGGUCUACUCUGUCAGGUCUAAAAAAAGGUUAGUCAGCUAUUUACUCUAUAUCUUUUACAGAUUUAGAUUGUGCAGUAUUGUCUGCAGCAAGGGUGCUCAACCACUGGGUGUGCAGGCUUUUACUCCAAGCUGAUUCAGCUAAUCAAGGUCCGGAUGAGCAGCUGAAUCAGGUGUAUUAGAGUAGGGCCGGAUCAAAAGCCUGCACAUCCACCAGUUGCUCUCCAGGAGGAGGGUUGGCAGAAAUAGUAUAAACCUAUGUUUGCCCGAAAUGAAAUAAACCGUAUGUUUUUGACGGUUGUUUUCCCGGUAUUUUAAACAAAAAGGGGUAUCCCCGUAUGUAUACGGUUUUAUGACCGAAUGUUUACUUUGGGAAUGACAGUGGGGUAUGACCGUAUUUUAAAAGGGAAAUGUAUGCCGUAUGUAUGAGGUAGGUUGGGGGAAACCGUAGUAUACAGUGUGUAGGGGACAGUUGAAAUUCAUUAUGUAUGACCUUAUUUAUGACGGAAAGGGUAUGACCGUAUUUUUAAUGACAGUGUGAAAGGGACGUAUUUUAUAAACAGUGUGUUGACAAAAUUUUUGACAGUAUGUAUGACGAAAUGUAUGCCGGGUAUGAAAUGACCUUUAUGUAUGACCUAUGAUACCGAUUAUACGGUAUGCAUGACGUGUGUAUAAAGAAAUUAUCCAAAAUUUGACAGUAUGUAGGACAGUGGAAAGGGAACAGGUUAGUAUGAAAAGAAAUGUAUCCCAAAAUGUAUGACCGUAUUUUAAAAACCGGUAUUUUUUUUUUUGGGGAAAGGGGUUUAACCUGCUUUUUUUCCCCUUUUUUCCUUUCUCUUCCAAUUUUGGAAGUUGUUUUGGUUCCCCCCCAUAAAAACUGUUGGAUUGGGGGGGGAAAAUCUCAGUGAGUAUCUCCUAAAAACCCUGACGAUUUAACCCUUUUACUGUAACCGGGACGUAUUUUAAUUAACCCUCAAACUGUAACCUGACGUAUUUUAAACCCCUCUUUUGAAAUUUUUAACCUUUUUAAAACCCCUACUGAAACCCCCUGACGUAUUUAACCCCUACUGAACCUAAAGGGAUUUUAAACCCUCUCUGAAACCUGACGUUAUUAACCCUCAAUGUAACCUGACGUAUUUUAAAAACCCCCUCUACGAAACCCCUGCCCCGAAAUUUUAACCCUCUACUUUUAACCUGACGAAAUUUUAAAACCCUCUACUGAAACCGGGACGUUAUUAACCCUCUACUGAAACCCUUUACGAUAUUACCCCCUCUACUGUCCCCCUAAACUUUUUAAACCCCUCUACUUAACCUGACGUAUUUUAACCCCCCUACUUUUCCCCAAAAACCGUUUAAUUAACCCCCCUUGUCACCUGACGUAUUUUAACCCUCAAAUACUGAAAAACCUGACGUAUUUUAACCCUCUACUUUAAACCCGAAAAAACCCCCAAUUUUAAACCCCUUUAAACCUGUUAACCUCCCCUAUUUUUAAACCCCUACUGAAACCUGACGUAUAUUAACCCCUCUACUGUAACCUGACUUUAUUUAAAACCCCUCCCUAAAAACCCCUGACGUUUUAAAACCCUCUAUUUGAAACCUUACAUUUUAAAACCCUUUUACGGGUACCUACUUAUUUUUAAACCCUCCUCUACUGUAACCUGACUUUUAACCCCAACUGCCCCCCGACGUAUUUUAAAAACCCUCUAUGAAAACGCCCUAAUUUGUAACCGGGACAAAUUUUAAACCCUCUACUGAAACCCUGACGUUUUUAAACCCCUCUACUGUCCUGACGUAAAAACCCUCUCCUGAAAACCUGACGAAUAUUAACCCUCUCCCUUUUAACCUUACGUAUUUUAACCCUUUUUACUGUAACCUGACGUAUUUAACCCUUUUCCUGUAACCGACGUUUUUAAACCCUCUACUGAAAACCUGACGUAUAUUAAAACCCCCCUACUGAACCUACGUAUAUUAAACCCUCUACUUAACCAAAACGUUAUUAACCCUCCUACGUAACCCAAACGUAUUUUUUAACCCCUCCUCAAACGGAAAACCGGGACGUAUUUAACCCCCUCAAAUUUAAACCCCUUACUUAUAUUAACCCUCCUCUACUGAACCGGACGUUUUAAACCCUCCUCAAACUGUAACUGACUAUUUUAAAAACCCCUACUCCCCCCUGACUAUUUAACCCUCUCCCUUAAACCUAAACGUAUUUUAAACCCCCACUGAAAAACCUGACGUAUAAAACAACCCUCAAACGAAAACCUGACUUAUAACCCCCUCAAAACUGAAACCUGAUUUAAUUUAACCCUCUCGUGCGUUAUUAAUCCCCCGUAACCUGACACCCUUUAAACCCCUCCCUGUAACCUGACGUAUAUUCCCCCCUCUACUUCCUGAUUUAUAUUAACCCUCUCCUGUAACCAAAACGUUUUUAAACCCCUCUAUUUUAACCCAAAGCCCUAUAUUAACCCUCUACUGUAACCGCUAUUUUAAACCCCUCUACGAACCUGACUUUAAAAUUUUAACCCCCCUACUGUAACCUGACGAAAUUUAACCCUCUACUGAAAAACCUGACGUUUAAUUAACCCUCUCUGUAACCUGACGUAUUUUAAACCCCUUUCUACUGUAACCUGCCGUAAUUAACCCUCUACUGUACCUACUUAUAUUAACCCUCAAAACUGUAACCUGACGUAUUUAAACCCUCUAUUUGGAAACCUGACUUAUUAAACCCUUUUAAAAAACCCUCCUCUACUGAAACCUGACGUAUUUAAAACCCUCUAACUUUAACGCCCUGACGUAUAUUAACCCUCUAUUUGGUUAACCUGCGUAUAUUAACCCUCUCCCUGAAACCCUGACUAUUAACCCUUUUACGGUAACCCUGAGUAUUUUUAACCCUCAAACGGAAACCUGACGUAUUUUAAACCCCUCUACUGUAACCUAAGGGAAUAUUAACCCUCAACUGUCACCUAAACUAAUUAAAAAAACCUUUUUCCCCCUGUAACCUGACGAAAUUUUAAACCCCUUUCUACUUUUAACCUGACGUUAUUCCCCCCUUUUCAAAAACCGUAACCUGCGUAUUUUAAACCCUCUCUGAAACCCCCCUGACUUAUUUUAAAACCCCCUCAAACUGAACCCUACGUAUUUUAACCCUCUAACUGUAACCAACGUAUAUUAACCCCCUUGUUUUAAACCUAAACUAUUUUAAACCCCUCUCUGUAACCUGACGUAUUUAAAACCCCCCUUACGGGUAACCUGAGUAUUUUAAAACCCUUAUUUGAAACCCUUCGUAUUUAACCCCCCCUCACGUAACCUGACAAAAUAUUAACCCUCCCUACUGCAACCUAAAACGUAUUUUAAAAACCCUCUACGUAACCUGACGUAUUUUAAAAACCCUCUCUGUAACCAAAGGGAAUUUUAACCCUUUUCCUGAAACCUACUUAUUUAACCCUCUACUGUAACCUGACGUAUUUUAAAACCCUCUAUUUUGUCCCCCAACGUAUAUUCCCUCCUCCCCCUACUGAAACCUGACGUAUUUUAAACCCCCUCACUGUAACCUGACUUAUUUAAAAACCCCCCUUACGAAACCUGCGUUAAAAAUUAAACCCCUCCUCUACUGUAACCUGAGGGUUUUAAUUUAACCCUCUACUGAAACCCUAAACAAAUAUUAACCCUCUACUGAAACCCCUGACUUUAAUUAACCCCCCAAAACCUUGUAACCUGACUUAUAUUAACCCUCCUCUACUGAAAACCUGACUAUUUUUAAAACCCCUCUACAAAUAACCCCCUUACUAUUUUAACCCUCUACUGUAACCUAAACUUUUUUUUUUUAACCCUCUCCUGUCCCCUUUGGACUAUUUAAAACCCUCUACUGGAACCUGACGUAUUUUAAACCCUCUACUUAAACCCCUGACUUAUAUUAACCCCCCUAUUUCCCCCUAAACGUUAUUAACCCCAAAUUUUACUGAAACCAAAACGUAUUUAACCCUCCUCAAACUGUAACCUAAACCGUUAUUAACCCUCUGGGGGUACCUAAAACGUAUUUUUAACCCCCCUUAACAACCUGACGUAUUUUAACCCUCUACUGUAACCUACUAUAUUAACCCCUUUUUUAAACCUAAACGUAUAUAACCCUUUUUCCUGGAAACCCCCUGCCCUUAAUAUUAACCCUCUACUGAAAAAACCUACGUAUAUUAACCCUCUACUUCUUAACCUGACGUAUAUUAACCCUCUCCGGGGAAACCUUACGAAAUAUUAACCCUCUACGGUAACCUGACGUUUUUUUUAAAAACCCCUUUCUCUGUACCCUGACGUAUUUUAAACCCCUCUAUUUAAACCCGGGACGUAUAUUAACCCUCCUCUAUUUGUAACCUCCCUUUAUUAAACCCUCUCCUGAAAACCUGACUAUAUUAACCCCUCCUCUACUGUAACCUAACGUAAAAAUUAACCCUCUACUGAAAACCUGACUUAUUUAACCCCCCUAAUCGGGAACCUGACUUUUUUUAAUUUAACCCUCUAUUUGAAACCAAAAAGGGUUAUUAACCCCCUCUACUGAAAAACCGGACUUAUUUUAAAACCCUUCUCAAACUUUUAACCUGACUUAUAUUAACCCUCCUCUACUGAAACCUGACUUUAUUUUAAAACCCUCUACCUGAAACCCCUCCGUUUUAAAAAACCCCUCCUCACUGUAAACCUGACGUAUUUAAAAACCCUCUAUUUGAAAACCCUCCCAAAUAUUAACCCUCAAACUGUAACCGGGACUUUAUAAAACCCCUCCUCUCGUACCCUGACUAUAUUAACCCUCUACUGUAACCUGACGUAUAUUAAAACCCUCCUUUUACUGAACCCUGCCCGAAAUAUUAACCCCCCUCUAUUUUAAACCUCCCGUAUUUUAAAACCCUCUACUGAAACCCCUGCCCGUAUAUUAAACCCUCACAAAAACCUGCCCUUAUUUUAAACCCUCUACUGAAACCCUGACGUAUUUAACCCCCCCCUCUACUGUAACCCUUGACGUAUUUUAAAACCCCUCCCUACUGAAACCCUCCCUUAUUUUAAACCCCUCCUCUAUUUGUAAACCUGACGUUAUUUAACCCUCCUACUGAACCUCGUAUAAAACCCCUCUACUGUAACCUAAAACGAUUUUAAACCCUCAAACUGUAACCCCGUAUAUUUUUAACCCUCACUGAAACCCCACGUUAUUAACCCCUCUACUGAAAACCCCUUUGGCGUAUUUUAAAACCCUUUCCAAACUUUUAACCUGACUUAUAUUCCCCUUAACCCCUCACGUAACCUCCGAUAUUAACCCUCAAACUGAAACCUACAAAAUUAACCCCCCCUUUCUCUGUAACCGGGCCUUUUUAAAACCCUCCUUAACUGAAACCUAAAACUAUUUUAAACCCUCUACUUUUAACCUGACGUUUUUAAAAACCCUCCUCUACUUAACCUGACGUAAAAUUAACCCCUCUCCCUUUAAAACCGGACUUUUUAUUUAAAACCCUCUAUAUUUUAACCUGACGUAUUUUUAAAACCCUCUACUAUAACCUGACUAUUUUAAAACCCUCUCUGUACCCUGACGUAAAAUUAACCCCCCACUGCCCCCUUUAGUAUAUUAAACCCCCUCAUUUGAAACCUCCCGUAAAUUAAACCCCCUCUCUACGGAAAACCUAAACGAAAUUUAACCCUCUUACUGUAACCUGAGGGGAAAUUUUUAAACCCCCCUACUGUAACCUACCUAUUUUUUAAACCCUCCUCAAACAAAACCUAAACGGUUUUUAAACCCCUUUCUACUGAAACCUGCCCGUAUUUUAAAACCCUCAAAACCAAACCCUUUAACUAUAUUAACCCUCUCCUGUCCCCCUAAAUUUUUAAUUUUAAAACCCUCUACUGAAACCCCUGACGUAAAAUUAACCCUCUCCUGAAACCUGACGUUUUUAAAAACCCUCUACGAAACCUGACUUUUUAAUUAACCCUCCUCUAUUUUAAACCUACUUAAAAAUUACCCUCUACGUAACCUGACUAUAUUAACCCUCUACUUUUUAACCCUUUCCCUAUUUUAAACCCUCUACUUAACCUAAAACCCUUAUAUUCCCUCUACGGGAAACCUGACGUAUUUUAACCCUCAAACUGCCCCCGGGACGUAUUUAACCCUCUAAUGUAACCUGACUUUUAAAAUUAACCCUCUACUGUAACCUGACUAUAUUCCCCCUCUACUGUAACCGACUUAUAUUAACCCUCUAUUUUGAAACCCCUGCCCGUAUAUUAACCCUCUACUGUAACCUGACAAAUUUUAAAACCCUUAUUUAAACCUUUAAGUAUUUUAAAAAACCCUCUACUGAAACCCUUUAACGUAUUUUAACCCUCUACUUGAAACCGGCCCGUAUUUAAAACCCUCUACUGUAACCUAAACUUAAAAAUUAAACCCCCCUCUACUGUCAUGACAUUUUAAACCCCUUUUUAUUUGUAACCUACGUAUUUUAAAAACCCUCUACUGGAAACCUGACGUAUAUUCCCUCUACUGAAACCUGACGAAAUAUUAACCCUUUCUACUGAAAACCUUUCGUAUUUAACCCCCCCUUACUGAAAACCUGACUUUUUCCCCCUCUACUGUACCUGACUUAUUUAAACCCCCUCAACUGAAACCCCCUACUGUGUUUUUUAUGAAAUUUUUUUUGGGAAUAUGGGUUUUCCCCUUUUAAUCCCAACGUGUUUCUUUUCCCUUACCAAAUUAUAUUAUGGGAAAAAAGGGAUGACCUGCCCUUGGAAGGGUAUUUCAAAACCACACAAACCACCCCCACACACCCCACACCACCCACACACACACACACAAAACCCCCUGGGGUUUGCCCAUAUUGGGUGUGUUUUUUUUUUUGUGUCCCAGGGUGACCCGGGCUUUUGGGAAGGGGCCCUAGCAACUCCUGGAACGCUCCCUUUCCCUGGAAUCCCUCAGUUUAAAAGGAACCAGGUGAAAACAAAAAAGGAAAGAUGGCCCCUUUUCCCGUUUCCACGGGCCCCCCGACCCGUUUGUAGACCUAUCCGACCCCCAAAAGGGGGCCUUUGGGAUCAGCUUGUAGACACUACCCGAUCCACAGGCCCCCGAUCAGCUUGUAGACACUGCCCGAUCCACAGGCCCCCGAUCAGCUUGUAGACACUAUCCGAACCACAGGCCCCCGAUCAGCUUGUAGACACUAUCCGAACCACAGGCCCCCGAUCAGCUUGUAGACACUGCCCGAACCACAGGCCCCCGAUCAGCUUUUAGACACUACCCGAACCACAGGCCCCCGAUCAGCUUGUAGACACUAUCCGGUCCACAGGCCCCCCAAUCAGCUUGUAGACACUACCCGAUCCACAGGCCCCCGAUCAGCUUGUAGACACUGCCCGAUCCACAGGCCCCCGAUCAGCUUGUAGACACUAUCCGAUCCACAGGCCCCUAUCAGCUUGUAGACACUAUCCGAUCCACAGGCCCCCAAUCAGCUUGUAGACACUAUCCGAUCCACAGGCCCCCGAUCAGCUUGUAGACACUGCCCGAUCCACAGGCCCCCGAUCAGCUCCCGACGCAUUUGACCAAAUCGUAGUAAAUCGGAUCAAACCCAGAGUAAGACGUGAAGUGUAAGCACGUACCACAUUUGCAAUUGAUGAUCCCGGCACUCUACUUACGGCAUUCUGAUCAUUUUCAAACAUGUUGAAUAUAUUCGAUUCAAAUCUGCCAUUAUCGCUAAGUGUUAGCAUUGCUCAGAGCAGAUACGAGGCAUGUCCCACCAUCAGCCAAUCAGCUACUCAGAACUAUAAAGGUUCUCUUCAACUACCUCACAGGUUCAUCACCUCACACACACACACGCACGCACGCACGCUCACACACCAAACACGCACACGCACGCACGCGCACGCACACACACACACACACACACACACCACACACACACACACACACACAAGUCAAAGGAGCUGAUCGUGGACUACAGGAAACGGAGGGCUGAGCACGCCCACACUCACAUCGACAGGGCUGUUGGUGGAGUGGGUCGAGAGCUUUGAAUAACUCGGUGUCCACAUCACAUGGUCCUCUCACACCAGCACAGUGGUGAAGAAGACUCGACGGCGCCUCUUCACCCUCAGGAGGUUGAAAAGAUUUGGCAUGGGGCUCUCAGAUCCUCACAGAGUUCUACAGCUGCACCAUUGAGAGCAUCCUGACUGGCUGCAUCACCGCUUUGGAUGGCAACUGCACCACCCUCGAUCGCAUGGCGCUGCAGGGGGGAGGUGUGGACAGCCCCAGUACAUCACUGGGGACCGAGCUCCCUGCCAUCCAGGACCUCCAUACCAGGCGGUGUCAGAGGAAGGCCCGGGAAAAUUGUGAAAGACCCCAGCCACCCUAGUCAUAGACUGUUCUCUCUGCUACCGAAUGGCAAGCGGUACCGGAACGCCAAGUCUAGGUCCAAAAGGCUCCUGAACAGCUUCUACCCCCCAAGCCAUAAGACGGCUGAACAAUUAAUCAAAUACUCAGACUACCUGCAUGGACCCUUCUUUGCACUUUGCACUCUCUAAUAGGGACUCUAUGCACACUCACUGGACUCUACCCACACACACACACACACAUACUACAUUUACAUUUACAUUUUAGUCAUUUAGCAGACGCUCUUAUCCAGAGCGACUUACUACACUGACACUCCAAUACACACACACACACACACACACACUACAUACGCUCACACACACAAAACAUACACACAUGCAUAUUGACCACACACACACACACACACACACUUUCACGCUCUCCACACAUGCUUCUGCUACUCUGUUUAUUAUCUAUCCUGAUUGCCUAGUCACUUUUACCCCUACCUACAUGUACAUAUUACCUCAAUGACCUGGACUAACCAGUAGCCCCUCACAUUGACUCGGUACCGGUACUCCUUGUAUAGAGCCUCAUUAUUGUUAUUUUGUUCUGUUACUAUUUUCUUACUUUUUAACUCUGCGUUGUUGGUUAAGUAAGGAUUUCACUGUAAGUAAAAUAAAAUUUGAUUUGACACACACCCACACACACACACACACACAAGCUAGAUAGUCGGCCCUUAUUGCUUACGUAUGUUGGUGUUAUACUUUAGCAAUAAGGCCCGAGGGGGUGUGGUAUAUGGCCAAUAUACCACGGCUAAGAGCUGUUCUUAAGCAUGAUGUCGACGCGGAGUGCCUGGACACAGCCCCUUAGCCGUGGUAUAUUGGCUAUAUAUCACAAACCCCUGAGGAGCCUUAUUGCUAUUAUAAACUGGUUACCAACGUAAUUAGAGCAGUAAAACUAAAUGUUUUGUCAUACUCGUGGUAUACGGUCUGGUAUACCAUGGUUUUCAGCCAAUCCGAAUUCAGGGUUCGAACCACCCAGUUUAUAAUAGAUAUUAAAGUAUUCUGUUCAGUUUUAUACUGUUCUAUUGGGCUAUUCUAUUCUUACUCUGUUAUAUUCCCCGUCUCAGACGGCAGUGGAGGUGUUCAAGAGGAUGAUCCUCGAGGCGGAGAAGCUGGAAGGCGGCGUCCAACCAGGGAAGACUUCCUGCUCUGUCAUGUAG